AUGUCCUCCCAGCCGCCAUCCUCCCCGCUCCGCGCCCUCCAGGCGUCAACCGUCUUCGUCAACACGGCGCUCGCCGGCCUGAACCUGGGCCUCUCCGUCCUGGUCGUGCCCCGCCUGCUCGAGUCGCCGACGCCGUUGAUGCUGCGCCAGUGGUCCGGCAUGUUCCGGCGGGCGAGCCGCCUCCUCCCGCUGCCGACGGUCCUGUGCGCGCUGAGCUACUGGUACGUCGCCUACGCCACCGCCGCCGCCGCCCGCGGGCGGGUCCCGGCGGCGGGGGGCGACAGGUCGAGGCUGCUGGCCGUCGCCGGCGCGCUGUGCUUCUCCGUCCUGCCGUGGACCAAGGUCUUUCUGGUCGAGAUCAACAGGAAGCUGUUCGCCAAGGUCAAGGAGACGGAGGGCAUGGGCCUCGUGGCCGUCGGGCUGACGCAGGAGGAGGAGGAGGGGGCCAAGUAUCUGGUCGACCAGUGGGGUCUGUAUAACCUCGGGAGGAGCGUUGCCACGGGUCUCGGCGGUGCCGUUGGGCUGUACGCGACCGUCUUUUGA